AUGGACACGGUAAGAUUCUCAUAUAUCUUGUCCUUCCUCUUUACUAUUCGUGAAAUCAAUCAGAAUCCGAGGCUGUUACCCAACAUCACCCUGAGCUACAACAUAUAUGAGAAUUAUUUCAAUGAAAGAAUAACCCAUGAAGCCAUGAUAGAUUUGCUCUCCAUGGGGCAACAGACUGUCCCAAACUACAGGUGUGGAAGGCAAAAAAGUGUGUUGGCUGUUCUGGAAGAGACAGAUUCUGAGCUCUUUAAUUAUGUUGCAGCUAUGUUGGGGACCUACAAGAUCCCACAGAUCAACUAUGGGAUCAUCAGUCAUGCUUCUGAGCAUAAGUAUCAUUUUCCUUUCUCUUACCGGUUGGGUCCAAGACAAGAACCUCCUCACUUGGUGAUUGUCAAGCUACUCCUCCAUUUCCAAUGGACCUGGAUCUGCCUCCUUGCACCAGACAAUGAAAAUGGGGAAAAGUUCAGAAAGACAUUUGUGCCUGCAGCCCUCAAGAAAGGAGUUUGCGUUGCCUUCUCAGAAAGCAUCCCGGUGCUCAAUUUUGAAAAGGAAAAAGACCUGCUUUUAUACUUGAGAAAGAGUAACGUAAAUGCAAUUGUUUCUCAAUUGGACUUGAAAACUGUAACAUCACUGGGGUUAAUAAUCAGAAUCAUGGACAGGAGAGAAAAAUUAGUCAUUGGGAAAGUGUGGAUUGUAACAGCCUUGUCAGAUCUUAGUGUGACAUUGCUAUACAGGAUCGUUGAUCUCCACCACAAGCAUGCUUUUUUAUCAUUCGUAAUUAAGACAAAGACAGGAACCUCAUACAAUCCUGCUCCUUCUGACUUAUUUGCUUUUGAGAUCAUAGCACAGUCAACAUUUCAAUGUUCCUAUUCAAGCUCUGAGCUGUCAAGGAAGGUUUGGAAACGAUGCACAAUAAAAGAGACCUGGGAAAUUACAUCUGCUGAUAUUAUCGCAAAAAUCUUGUCCCAGGAUGCCUAUAGUAUUCCCACUGCAAUUCAGGCAGUGUCCUGGGUCCUCAAUGCUGCCCAUACCUCCCAACUGGGCCAGAAGAGGAGGCAACUUGGACCCCAGAUGAUACAGCCAUGGCAGCUUCACCCAUUCCUGAAAAACUUCCAGCUUUCAAAUUUUUCUGUGGAUGGAGGUUACUUGGACAAAGAUGGAACUCCAGAUGCUGGCUUUGACAUCAUACAGUGGGCUGUGUUUCCCAAUAAAUCUAAUUCUGGGGUGAAAAUUGGAAGUACAGAAAGUGAGGCCUCCUCAAAAGUCAAGGUCUCCAUUGAUCAAAGUGCCAUUAUAUGGCCAAUAUCAUUUAACAUGACGUCCCCUUUGUCUAGAUGUACUGAAAGUUGUCACCCAGGAUACACCAAGCUCAUAAGAGAGGGAGCACCCAUCUGCUGCUAUGACUGUUCCCAGUGUAUAGAAGGAACAAUUUCCAUGCAAGAAGAUGCAGCCCACUGCAAAAAAUGUCCAGAUGAUCAGCAUUCUAAUAAGAAACAAGAUCACUGUGUCCCCAAAGUUAUAACUUUCCUAUCCUAUGAAGAAACACUUGGUCUCCUCCCGAGUCUCUUUGCCACUACCUUAUCCAUAAUCACUGCUUUUAUUCUGGGAAUCUUCAUUAAAUACCGAGAAACUCCCAUUGUCAAAGCCAAUAAUCGAGACCUCACCUACAUACUCUUGAUUGUCCUCUUGCUUUCCUUUUUGACCCCCUUUCUAUUCAUUGGUCGACCUAAAAAAGUGACCUGCCUUCUUCGACAAAUCACUUUCAGCAUAGUUUUCUCAAUUGCCAUGUCUUCCUUGCUGGCUAAGACUGUCAUGGUGGUGGUAGCAUUUGUGGCUACAAAGCCAGGAAGCAGAAUGAGAAAAUGGCUGGGGAAAACUCUGGCCAACAUCAUUAUCUUCUCCUGCUCUGGUGUUCAGGUGGGCAUCUGUCUGUUAUGGCUGGGAAUCUCUCCUCCAUUCCCUGAUUCUGACCUAUAUUCCCAACCAGGACAGAUCCUGCUGCAGUGCAAUGAAGGCUCAGUCAUCUUGUUCUACAUUGCCCUAGGCUACAUGAGCUUUCUGGCUGCUAUUUGCUUCUUGGUGGCUUUCCUAGCUCGAAAGCUGCCUGAGACCUUUAAUGAAGCCAAGAUGAUCACUUUCAGCAUGUUGGUUUUCUGCAGUGUUUGGAUCUCUUUUGUCCCCACUUACCUGAGCACCAAAGGGAAAUACAUGGUGGCUGUGCAGAUCUUCUCCAUCCUGGCCUCCAGCCUGGGCUUAUUGGGCUGCAUCUUUAUUCCCAAAUGCUACAUCAUUAUACUGAGACCGGAUAUGAAUGUGAAGGAGCAUCUGAUGAUGAAAAACUAG